UCAGUGUGCAGUUCUUUCGUGACACGAUUCGUGCCUCACGCAACGAGUGAUAAUCGUCGUUCACAUUUGACGCAGUGCACUGUAGUCGGGAAUUCGAGAUACUGCAAACGGAACGCAAUCGCAGGCGAAACCGACACAGAGCAGAGAGACGAAGAGUCAACCGGCGCGCGUUACGCGACAACGCUUUUUUCUCCCGAGCGUGGCUCAACGAAUAAAGCGGUAAAGAGAGAGACAGAGAGAGAGAGAGAGAGAGAGAAAGAAAGAAAGAAGAGGUAGUAGCGCGCCACGCUGUGAACAGCAACGGUGACCGGACGCGGUCACCCAGCGCUGUGCGAGAAGUCAACGAAAUCACUGACAUUGGGAACGGCCAUUUUGGCUUAUUGUUUCCCCCCCGAUCGUAGUGCAUAGAUCGAAGCAUACACGGCAUCGACGUCCAUCUGUUUCGAGAAAAUAAAUAUACUAAUUGAUAUAUAAUUCAAAUAACAUAAUUUCCAAAAUGAUGACUGAAACACAUAUAAACUCUAACCAUAUGUUAAAUUCUGGUUUGUCUACCAAAUCAGAAAUAGAUAAAAUGGAUGAUGUGGGUUGGAAAGCCAAAUUAAAAAUUCCACCAAAGGAUAAAAGAAUUAAAACAAGUGAUGUUACCGACACACGUGGUAAUGAGUUUGAAGAAUUUUGCCUAAAACGUGAAUUAUUGAUGGGAAUUUUUGAAAAGGGAUGGGAGAAACCAUCGCCGAUUCAAGAAGCCAGCAUACCCAUUGCACUUUCCAGUAAGGACAUCUUAGCACGAGCGAAAAAUGGAACUGGCAAAACUGGCGCAUAUUCAAUCCCAGUGCUGGAACAGGUUGACCCAAAGAAAGAUGUAAUUCAAGCAUUGGUGAUUGUACCUACGAGGGAAUUAGCAUUACAAACGUCACAGAUUUGUAUUGAACUUGCAAAACAUAUGGAUAUAAAGGUUAUGGUUACUACUGGAGGUACCAACUUGCGCGAUGAUAUUAUGAGGAUUUAUCAAAAAGUACAAGUGAUAAUUGCUACUCCAGGAAGGAUCCUUGAUCUGAUGGAUAAGAAUGUGGCCAACAUGGAGCACUGUAAAAUUCUAGUUUUGGACGAAGCAGACAAGCUGCUGUCGCAAGACUUCAAAGGGAUGUUGGAUCAUGUCAUAUCGAGAUUACCACACGAACGUCAGAUUUUGCUGUAUUCAGCUACAUUUCCUCUGACUGUGAAACAAUUUAUGGAGAAACAUUUGAGAGAUCCAUACGAGAUUAAUUUAAUGGAAGAAUUGACUCUAAAAGGCGUAACACAGUAUUACGCUUUUGUACAGGAACGACAAAAAGUUCACUGCCUUAACACGCUAUUUUCCAAGUUGCAAAUAACGCAAAGCAUAAUCUUCUGCAAUUCAACGCAACGCGUCGAAUUACUGGCUAAGAAAAUAACGGAUCUUGGAUAUUGCUGUUAUUACAUACACGCGAAAAUGGCGCAGGCGCACCGGAAUCGCGUAUUCCAUGAUUUCCGUGCAGGAUUAUGCCGAAAUCUCGUGAGCAGUGAUCUAUUUACCCGCGGUAUUGACGUUCAAGCUGUGAAUGUCGUAAUCAAUUUUGACUUUCCGAAGAUGGCAGAGACAUAUCUGCAUCGAAUUGGCCGAUCUGGAAGAUUCGGCCACUUAGGUAUAGCAAUUAACCUAAUCACAUACGAGGAUCGCUUCAACUUACAUCGUAUCGAACAAGAACUUGGAACAGAAAUUAAACCUAUUCCGAAGGUGAUAGACCCCAGUUUGUAUGUAGCGAAACCAGUAUGUAACGAUUAAGAUUAAAGGAGGCAUGUAUAAUUUAGUUAUGGUAAAAUACAAUGGUUGAUUGAUUACGUUAUUCACGUAUCUGUGUUUACAUAUAGUUCACAUAUGUUCUCUAUUUUUCUGUGUCACACAUCCGUUUACAUAUUUAAAUCGUCCUCAAGGUUCAACCGUCUUCACUCUCCCUAGUGAGUUCAAAGCACAAUGUAUGUAUGCCUGAAUACAUGAACGAGUCGUAAUCGCCAUUUUCACAAUUUAAGCUCCGAACUCGUGUGAAGCUUCAACAUGUUGCGAGUGUAUCGAAACUGCUUAGACACAUUACCUUCUUGCAUACUAUUAUUGUCUCGCUGUAUGAAAACUGGGGUUUAUCAUCUUCAGAAUAAGUUCAGGAAGAUAAGAGAAGAAUGGGAAAGAGUGAAGAGACAAUUGAACUCCUUGAGGAGGGUUUAAACGUGCGAACAGAUGUGUGAAUAGAGAAAAAGAGAACAUGCGUAAACAAUAUGUAAACAUAUAUGUAAAUAAUGUAAUUAAUUAAUCAUUGCAUUUUACCAUAACUGUAAAUAUUACAUGCGGGUACACACACACACACAUGCGCGCGCGCGCGCGCACGUACGCGCGCACGCACACGCACGCACACGCGCACACACACACACACACACACACACACACACAUACACACAUCAUUUUAAUAGAGGAUUUUUAUACAACGGCUUCACUCUUCCAGUAUUUCUUUUUUUUUUUUUUUUUUUUUUUUUUCCGUUUGACGGUUAAGAAAGGUGGCAUGUAUAAUUUAGAGAAAGGAACUAUCGGCCAAUUUCUCAUAUUGAAUGCAGCAAACCAACCCAUGUGCUCAUUACUUUUGUACUGUCAUGUAUAAAUAGAAAUUCUUCUUAAACACCAAUAAGGUUACAUAUAUACAUAUAAAAAUUGCUAUUUAGCAAUCAAAUAAGAUUCGGAUAUUAAAACAUUUCAUUCAUCCGUUGUAAUGUUUUGAUCAUGGCUUGAUUUUGCUAUCUGUCAAUAUUGUCAUACAAUACUCUGAAAUUCAAAUCACUUAUCAAUACCAAAUCACUUUUUCUGUUCUAUUUACUAGUGUUCUAUCACUAGUGGAAUCUUUCCGUUUUCUUUUUUUUUUUUCUUUUGAACAUGAUUGGAUUUUCUUUUUACAGUACCGUGAUUGAGAAUCAGAGGUUGUACAAUUGACUAGUUUUAUAUAAUUAUUUUUUAUAUAUAACUGGCUGGUGGACUCCCUUUAAUGGAGGUUCUGUGUAUGAAUCUGAUAAAAUAACAUAUGUCCGACUGUACAUAUGUUUAUGCAAUAGCAGUCAAUCGAAUCGUUGAUCUGAGAUCUAACAAAAAUUGUGUAAGAACAUAUUGCUGAAAUCAUAUAUGGCAAGAGAUGAGGAAUAAAACCGGUGAACGGUUGUAGGUGAUUUGGAAUGUAAAAAGUGAUGUUGUAUCAUACUGCAACGAAAAGAAGUAGCAUUUUACUCUCUACUACCGUAUACCGUACACCUCACGAAAGAUGAAAUAACUGCCAUUAUAUUAUAUGAUAA